AAAAAGUCACCUACUGGUAAAACAAAAAAAACUCUAAAAAAGAAACAAUGUCAAGAACCCAAUCCAUCAAUAACUCUUGGAGAAGAACUGAACCUGACAAUUGCACUAAUUGCAAUUAUCCUAGGGCACAUCUCUAAGAAAUGUUUAAAUAAACCUAACACUACUGAAGAAAUGAAAAACUACUGGAAACAAGAAGAACUAGAAAAACAACCACCGGUAUCACCAAGAAUUAAAGAAGGAUAG